AUGACUCACCAUCAGAAGUAUUCAUGGAUAUGCUGUUGGAAAGCCAUUAACAAAUCGAGUUUCAAAACCCAUAUUAAUACCGAACAUUCACAAUUAUCAAAUGAUUUAAAAGUUCUUCUAUUCCAACUGUCUCCAAGGACUACAUUCACAAAACCGGAUGCAUUGGUGAACAUAUCAGCUCCGUUUCCACCAAAAAAGAAUCCAGUAGAAAUUGAAGAUAAUGAGACCGAAAAUCCCGUUGAAAUCCAGAAAACCCCCACCACCAACCAGAAGGAUCAAUAUGUCGAUAGGGGUCGACUCCCGAAGAACAAAUAUACGGAUACUCUAGUUGACGAAUUCAUCAAUAUGCUAGAUAUCCGUAUCAUGAGUUCAAAAAAGAUGAUGUCAAGAUUCCACCAUUUCCAACAACCUCAGUACAUGGAGUAUCUUCCAAGUAUAAACUCUGCAAUUUCUGAAUACAUUCCGAAGCAGCUUUUAAAAGAUAAUAUGGAACCGUUCGAAUCGAGGAGGGAAUUGGAUAUCAUUCAAAAUAUUCUGAAUAAUUCGGAUAAGAAGCUUAGAAUGUACGGAACGGCUGAAGAGUUGGAGUCGCAUUUGAGAAAAUACAGGGAACUAUUUCCCAAACCCUUCGGAGUUGGGAUGGAAAUGGUAGAAAUGGGACACAUGAUUCCCACUAAGUUUCGAAAUCUGAAAGGAGAAUUAUUUUACUGUAAACAAGAAUUGCUCUUGCAUUUCCAGGCGGCGACGUACACUGCUUACAAGAAGCUUAAGAAACCAGUUCCAAACGAGAUCAGAAAGUACAUGGAAAAUCAUAAGACUCGUCUAUUCGGAUGCUACGAAUUUGUGAAAUACGACAAUACCGUUUUUAGAGAAUUGAAGAACAUAUUCCGUUAUUCAAAUCAUUUGUCUUUUCAGGACUUUCUCGACUCUUCUAACGUACAAGUAACAGGUGGAGCCCUUUAUAUCUGCUACCCCCCUGAUUUUCCGGAUGUGGAAACUUUCGAAAAACUCAUCAAAAAUCACCCAGCUGUAUUUUUGCCUAAUUGUGAAGUGGAAGGUGUCAUGCUGACUGCAGUUGUAAGAAUUUUUGAAGAUAGUGGUCAAAAGUUUGUGAUGGAAUCUGAACUUUUCAAUGCACUGAAUCUUCUGUAUCCGGAUAAGCGACCGUUGGAGUUGAGAGAAACUCAUGGAAUAUUGAGAACAAGAAAUCUGAAAGAAGUGUUCACAACAUAUCGAGAUUUCAUCCAAGGAAUUGAUUUUAUUCGAUGUCCAGUCCAUCGAACUAAGCAUGUAGUUGUUCCUAUAGCGACACCUACUGGAGGUCUUUGCAUUCUAGUUGCUGAUUUCCUAAUCGAGACAGUUCGUCGAUUGAUUUUCGGAUUGAAUAUUUUCCAGAAGCUGAAGAAAAACACGUGGCAUUUGAUGGAAAAAUUCGUAGAUACUUUAGAGAAAAUCAUCCCGAAAGACUUGGAUGGCAUCAGUUUCAUUGAUUUCGAAAUCGUCAGAGAAUUCAGACGGAAAACGGACGAAUAUUGGAAAGAUUUCGAGGAAAAGCCGGAAAUUUUGGAAGUUCGAGAAGUCGGAGAGAACGGAUUCACAUCUGUUGACUUGAAAGAUGAACUGAGAUAUCUCGGACUAACUGAAGUGUUCCCGGAUAUUCUCCAUUUUGCAGAAGCCAUCGUUCAUAUAUGUUUAUCUGGGAAAAACGAAAAGCGAUUAAAAACAAGUGAUAUGCUUGAUGCAUUAGUAAAUUGUCAGAUUGGGUCGUUUUUUGGUAGUUUUCCAAAUAUGAAAAAAGAAGACGCAAAAAUAGAGGAAAAGAAUGCGGUGACGAGUGUUCAAAACAUUGAAGAUUCCAGUAUCGAGCACAAAGUUUCUGUAAAAGAAACUCCCGAUCCUGAAAAGAAGAUGAACCGCUCCAAAAGUUCAAAAACUGAAAUUAAACAACAAUUUCCGAAACUUGUAGCUCCUGAAAAACCAUCGAUAUCCGAAGACCAUCAAGUACCCGAGAGCAAGCAGCCAACACUUAGGAAUUGUGAUAAAUGUUAUCGAACAAGUCAAUGGUGUACAACAGCUCAGGAAGGUCAGAAGGCGGCUGAAAAGAGAGCAGAGGAAUAUGAGAAAAAGGCGAAAAGAACGGAGGAAUUGGAAGGAAUUGUGAAGAAAAUGAAAAAAGAAAUGAAGGAAUUGAGGGAGAGAGAUCAGAAGAUCAAUGAGGAAAAUGAGAAAAUGAAGAAGGAAAUGGAGAAAUUGAGGGAGAAAGUGAAAAAGUUAGAAGAGGAUAAUGAGAGAUUUCGGAGACAAUUGGCAGAUGAAAAGCACAAAAAUCAGACCCUCGAUGUUGGAAUGAAACAAUUGAAGAGUAUCCUGAAUGCAGAUAGAAUGGAAUCGGCACUAAGACAGAAUCAUUUAGAAGAGGAUUUAGGAAGAAGAGAUCGGACUAUUUUGGAACUCCGCGAACGCUUGGCUUCUCAACUCGAGAGGAUUCCUAUAAACUCGACAGUUUUUAGUGACGUUACUGACGCUUUUGGACAAUGUACAUCUAUAUCUGACACCAAUAAUUGGAGGGAAAUGCUCUCAGAACUUCAAAAACUCAAAAAUGAAUUCCCAGCAGCUGAUUUAAUGACAGAAACGAAGAACAUGAUUGAUAGAUUCGUUGCUCAUACCAACAUUCCCGAAUCAAAACAAUUGGCGGAGUAUGAGAUAUUCCAAUUGUCAGCUUCGAUCCGAAUUUAUCUGAAAGCACUGGAUAUCAAUAUCAUGGAAAUUGAGAAAACUAACGAUUGCUCCGAUCUGUUGCCUCUCCCACCGUAUCCCCGUUUGUCUACUAAGUUCUUGAAUCAAUAUUGUGAAGAAAUGGACAAUCAGCUCGACACCUCAUCCGAUUCGGGCUUUCAUCUUCGUCUUGCGGACACUGGUCUCGACACGAACACUCACUGCUACAUCUGUUUUGAAGAGUUCGAAGGAAAACUGUAUGUAUGCAAGGGAUGUAAAAAGAAGACACAUGAGAAGUGUUGUUCGAAAUGGUUACUUCACGAAAAGAGCUGCCCGUAUUGUCGAGAAAAGAUGCUCCCACCGAAGAUUGAUUCGAAAUGA